UUUGCGUGAUACAGAGGCUAUAUAACCUCAAAUCACAUCUACACAAACACGGCUGAUUGGACUUUGCUGAUGCAGCGAUCAUCUAUGCGGAAUUCUGCACUGACAGGAUAUCGAGGCACAGCUUUAUCCGUCAGCUCCUCUUCUAACGCAUCCAAGAGACUCGUCCGUGCGCAUCACCUGUGCCUCACACGUUAUAUCAGAUCAGGCUGUGUGUGAAAAUGUACCGAGGCUUGCUGUUGGUGUUCCUCAUCCUUCUGGUUGAGACUCGGCUCAGUGAGUCAAGCUGCGCGGAACAAGAGACGCAGAGAUCGACCUCGGACGAGAGUUCAAGUAUUCGACUCGCGGCUCGGAAUUUGCUCAAGCGGUAUCACGACAUAGACUACGAUAGUUUUGUCGGGCUGAUGGGUCGCAGGAGCGCAGAUGCUGCUGAUGACCAGUCUCAGCGUAAAAGAGAAAUGCACGACAUCUUUGUUGGGCUCAUGGGACGGCGAAACAGUGAGGAUGACGCUGAACGUCCCUUGAGGAAAGACUACCCAGAGACACGUGGCCUGUUCUUUAACAAGUGCAGACUGAGGUUUCGUCGUGGGUUAUAGGCAAAACUCCUCCGAAUCAGCUGUGCCAUUCUCACAGGAUUAGCUCCUUUUCAUGACACACUUGCAAAAAAAAAAAGAAAAAAAGAAAAAGAAGUCAAAUAACCACACAAUAGCAAUUAAUUUUCAUUAAAUUACACUGGUCAAAGGAUGAUGAUUUAUGUUGAA